AUGAAAGGGGGUAGGGUCAAGCUGGGAAUCAGGCUGGUGCCGGGGUCGGCUGGGGCCAGGCCUCAACCUCAACCUCACUGGCUGAAGCGAAGCGAAGCCGGGGUCGAGCCGAGGCUGACCCGGCCUGGGGUCAGGCUCAGGCUCACUGGCACUGGCUUAGGCCUCAGGCUCCCCCCGGCCGCUGGGCGGGCGUCGUUGUCAAGGCAACCGCAGGGGGCGCUACGCACACGGCCCCGCCCCCUCCACCGGCCCCGCCCCAGGCCCCACGCCCCGGGUCAGGCGCCCCGCCCCCUCCUCACGCCCCGGGGUCCCCACGCUGGCCCCCUCCCCACGGGGCCCCCUCCCCAGGCGGGGUCAGCCCCCUCCACACGGGGUCAGCCCCCUCCUCAGCCCCCGCCCCCUGGGGUCCCCGCCCCCUCCCACGCCCCCUGGGGCCCCCUGGGUCCCUCCCCAGGCUGGGUCAGGCCCCUCCCUGGGGUCAGCUGGGGUCAGGCCCACGCCCCGCCCCCUCCCCACGCCCCGGGGCUGGAGGCGCCCCCUCCUGGAGCCCCGCCCCCUCCCCACGCCCCGCCCCCUCCCCACGGGUCGCCCCUCCCCACGCCCCGGGGCCCCACGCAGGCUGGGCCCCCUCCCCACGCCCCGCCCCCUCCACGCCCCGCCCCCUCCCACGCCCCGGGUCAGGCUGGGGUGGGGUCCCCCUGGCCCCGCCCCCACGCUGGGCCCUCCCCCACGCCCCGGUCCCCUCCCCAGGCCCCGCCCCAGGCCCCACGCCCCGCCCCCUCCCCGCGGUCCCGCCCCCUCCCCACGGGGCCCCCUCCACACGCCCCGCCCCCAGGCUCCUCAACCUGGAACCGCUGGUUCAGGCUGGAGCCGGGCUGGGGCGGCGCUGGGGGGCUGGGCUGUGGCUGGGGGAGGGGCAGUGAGACGGAGCCUGCAGGUUGUCGAGCAGCUGUCGACAUGAGGUUUGCGGCUGUCGUGCUUGUGUGGCCCGGCCUGGGGUUUUUAGCUGGUGCCUCGUUUCUACACAGAUAUUCCUCUUUUUUACCAUCUCCUUUAAUAAUAGAAGGAAUAGAAAAUGACACAGUGAGGCAGUGGGAUUUUGUCACCCCAGCUUCAGAAUUUGCCGGAAGGAGAUCUGGUCUUGAUCAAGUGAAGAGAAAUUCUUCUGCAAUGGAUGAAUUGAAGCGGGCACGUAACAGUGAUGACAAUCUUGAUGAACCUUCAGUCCUUGCAGAUAUACAAACCAACAAAAUGGAUGACUUGAUCCGCAUUGUCCGCAAGGUGCAUUCCUCUGUUUUGCUACUUGGAUUUAAACCCACAAAUGAAGAAUCAAUUCGGUGGAGCUUCCUCAACUAUAAAACAAAUAAUUUGAUCAUCCAUUAUUCAGAAACCAGGUUUAUUUUGAAUCCAUUUUACCAACACCGAGCAAGGUUUAAUGUCACCGCAGGCACUCUGCUUCUCAGGAAUUUGGAAGUGCAAGACAGUGGAAUUUAUGAAGUGAUUUUGAACCCAAGAAGAAAGGAAACCCUUUCGAAGGGGGAUGAGAUUGCCGGAAUUUAUCUGGAUGUCCAAGAGCAGCUGCCCACCCCACUGAUAAUUCAAAACCCUCCAUUCACCUCGGAGCUGAUUAAGCUCCAUUGCCUUGUGAGGAAUGGAAAAAUAAAUUAUAGAAUUUGGCAAAAAGAUGCUACGCAAAUAGUGAAUGGUACACAUUAUAGACUAGAACAUGAUAGCAGCACAUUGUUUAUUGAACAUGUGACAAUGAUGGACUGUGGCACAUAUACCUGCACAGUGAUCAAUGAGGUCAGCUCUAACAAGAACACGCAUUCCCUCUUUGUAUACGGGGUUCUGUUUAUUCAUGAAGACGCUCUUAUAAGCUCAGUCAUUGCAUUGAUUAGUACUGUUACAUCGUUUACUGCGUCUGCUUUCAUCAUCUAUGGCAUGGAGGAUGAUCAAGUUAAAUUAUAUUGGCUACACGUGACUUCACUAAUUCUGGUCUUUCAUGGACUGUCCUUAUUCUGUCAGACAAUUUCAUUCAUAAUCUUUAACAUCUGCAUAGAAUUCACCGUUGCAUUCCGGGUUAGCUCAGGGAUUGGCAGUGUCUUCUGUUUUACGAUCAUUAUCUAUGUAAUGAUUCUUUUUCUGCACCAUCAUUCCGAAGACCCUUUGUCAUUUGCUUCCAAUCAAUGGAAGAAAAACGCCUUUCUAGUGUGUGAAGCAUUUGCUGUGCUCAUUACUGGUCUGCCAAUUUUUAAAUCAAAGAAAGAUUUUCAAACUUGUGACUUUCCGUACCAUGCCAUGUCUGUGAAGGUUAUCCUGUCAGUAACUCUCUACGUCUGUGGUCUUGGACUGUUUACCCUCUUUCAUGCAAAGUUCUCUUUUAGUAAGCAAAAGAACUAUGUCAAAUUGAAAGAAGUCAGAAGAUUCGUACACAGCCAAAUUGAAGAAUAUUAGCACUACUCCGAAU